AUGGCUUGCUUGUGUGGAGAUGUAUCCAGCGUUAUAGAGAUGGCUUGCCUGGAUAAAGAUGUGGCUGAGAAUUUGGAACUGUUGAUCAGAGGACUUGUGCAGACAAAUCUGAAAACAUUUCAGAAUGCGUUUGAGGCUCAACAUUUCUGUUUCCUCGACUUCACCAUUCCAACAGUGCCCAGUUCGGCAGUUUCCAGUAUGUCUGCUGAAAGAGAACCAUCAAGCAUUGCACAUUCGCAGUCCAUGCCGGCUUUUACAUGUCAAAGCCUGCCAGAAGAAAUAGAUUUAUUUGACCGUCCACAAAGACGAGUAUUUGCUGAAAGAGAAUCAUUCAGCAAACGGUUUGGUGAAAGACCGCAAUGCAGUUCUUCAUUACCCAGUUUCAUUACAGUACCACCAACUGACUGCAAAAUAACUGUCAGCAAUGGAGACAUUACUAAGCAGAAGGCUACAGUUCUGGUGAAUGUGAUUACAAGUGAAUUUGACAUGAGGCGCACAGCAGUGUCCCGGGGAUUUUUUCAUUGUGGAGGAGGAGGUCUUUUAAAGGAAUUUAAAAAAGAAACAUCGGCCAAUCCACAGAAGAGGAUCUUUGUGACGUUUGGCUACGAUUUAAACUGUGACUAUGUCUAUCACAUUGUGCUUAACAAAUACGACCAUUCAAACUCUGCUGCAUCCAGACAGGAACUGAUAGAUAUCAUCGAUGAGUGUUUCACCCUUGCUAAGAAGUACAAGACCAAGUCGAUUGCCUUUCCAGCCGUUGGUUGUGGAGCGCUGUUCAAGUACUCCUCAUCAUUUGUGGCAUCCAGCCUUGUGGCUACAGCAAAACAAGCAGCCGCUGCUUCCAACAGUCUAAAGGUAGUGUCAUUUGUGAUUUAUGAUCAGCACAUCUACAACGAUUUUGUCAAGGAGUUAUCUUCCAUGACAUCAAGUGCAUAUGAAUCAGAAGCCGUACGUUCAUUUCCUCAAGCGUCGCAGAGAAAUCGAAAACCAUCCGAAGAAGUCAAAACAGCAAAAAUAACAGUUGUGGCCAAGACACGAGAUGUAUGUGUGACUGCAAAAAAAGCCUUGAUUAAAGAACUGCAGUCAAGAUUUCUACAUACCGAGUUUGUCCAGAAUGAGGGAAUCACAAAACUACCAUACACAGUACUCAAAGAACUCAAGACUCUUGCCGAGAAGAAAGGAAUAUUUAUAAAGUUCCCAGACUCGGGGAAGACCCAAGCAUACAAGAAGUCUGGCUUGAAAUUGAAAGGGGAAAAGGAAACAGUGAUUACUGUCAAAUCAAGAGUUCAGGAGAUACUACUAACGGAAAUGUCAAAAAAUAAAAAACAAACUUUUCGACGUAAGAAGCGAGGUGAUCCUGGCUUUAUUCAGGAUAUGGCAACAACAUCAGAUCAUCACGUCCCAAACUACUGGACAUAUUUCAAAUCGGAAAAGUCAAUUAAAGAUCACAUCCAAAGUAUAUUUACAUUUAAAAAAAAAAAGGAAUGGAGUCUGGAAGAUAUACAAGCAGGAUCAGAUAUCUAUAAUUCUGUUAGUGAUCUGGUCGUUAAAACAUGGAAAACAAAACUUGCUGGUCAGGGAAAGGAUGCCGCAAAUAUCCCUCCAGGAUCUGGUGUAAAGGUGGUCAAAGUCCAGAGACUAGAGAACCUGACUCUGUUCCAAGGAUACUGUCAACACAGAGCAAACCUUUUUGUAAAAGCUGUAAAGAAACCCAUAACACCUAUCAAGAGUCUACCCAAGUCUAAAGGUGAGGUGGAGACAACAGCCAUGGCUGCCAAACAUUUGAGACAAGAGAUCUAUGUGACAGAGAUUAACGAACAUUAUGUCUUUCAUGGUACAAGAGCUGACAGAAUUAAUGCCAUCUGUGAAAAGGGUUUAGACAGUCGAGUGGGAAAUGCAGAUGGAAUGUUUGGCCCUGGUGUCUAUGCUGCAGAGAGUUCCACCAAGUCAGAUCAGUAUGCAGAUGACAAGAGUGCAAGAAAACCUAAUGGAACAAACCUGUGUAUGAUUUUAUUACGUAUGGCAAUGGGAGAGCCAUUUGUGACCAACAACAAGAACUCACCCAAAUUCUGUCGGCCUCCCUGUAAGCACGCAGGCUGUGUACAAAAGGGCUGUCCACACGGAGACACUUACGAUUCGGUGCUGGGUGAUGGAAGUUGGAACUUCAGAGAAUUUGUUGUCUAUGACAGUAAUGUGACCUACCCUGAGUACAUCAUAACAUACCAGCGGGUUUAAUGAGUAAGAAGACCAAAAAAUGCAUGCCUCAAAACAUAUUUUAUUACCCACAUGGUUACAAAUAUCUUGUACGUAUCAAAGUGAUACGUCCCACUAGAAUGCCAAGUGGGACGUAACACUUUUGACGUCACACGAUGACGUCAUCAAUUAGCGCACUACAACCUUACAGAAACGUCAACGAAACAAGAUGAGUGACAUAAAUUAAGAUCGAUUAUGGGUAAUAAAUAGGAUAUUAAACUCGCUACCAUUUCGUAUCAUGUUUAUGUCACUCGUGAAAUAAUUUUCAUUGUCACUCGCUAAAGCUCAUGACAACUGAAAAUUAUUUCACUCGGGACAUAAACAUGAUACGAAAUGGAAGCUUGUUUAAUAUCCUAUAAUUAUGUAGCAAAUCUGGGGUACUGAGCUAAUUUAUUUUGUCAGUGUAGAUCUUUGUAUGUUUUGAUUGGGGUGUUCUGUACUAGGGUUUUUUAAUCACCAACAGCCUCACAAGAUUCAUAAGUUUACUUGGUGCCAGGAAAUAGUUAUGAUGUAUAUGGCAUUCAACUUAUUACCAUUAAUUGAACAUGGUUUUGAGAUUAACUUUAAUGCAAGAUAAAAACAAGUAACAUAAUACAGGUACUUAAAGAAUUUAUGCAGCUGUUUGUAGAAUAACAUUUUUGUUUUAAUUAUUCAGCAAUUAGACUGUAAAUGUGUAUACUUAAUGAUUUAUAUACCCACUAUUGAAAUAGAAGGUUAGUUUUAAUAAUGUAUGGCAUCUGCACCUUUAAAACCAGUUUAAAUACAGUGAAGAUAACUAACUUGAUGAAGUUUUGUGGGUAAGGGUGGGGAUAGGGUGAGGUGAGAAUUUUUGUGUAAUUGAGAUAAAUUAGAAAGGUCUCAUUCAGGGUUUAUGCUGUAGCUUUCAUUUUUAUGAGUUGUUUGUACCACAAUACUGAAAGCGUGAUACUGGUUCAAAUAACAUGGUGCCAUUGUUACCUAAUGCACACAUUCUAACAGUCUCACAUACAUCACAUCAUACAGUCCUUGCCUUUUGAAAAACAAAGGCGAGUGAAAAAUCGCACACCUCAAAACGUUUAUUAGAGUGAAAAAUCGCACUCAUCAAAAUGCUAAGGCGAGUGAAAAUCAAGCAUUUAU